AUGGCUCUGUCGCCUUCACUCAUAACCAAUGCUGACUCUCUCCCCUUCUCUGAGGUCUGCGCGGCCGUCAAAAGGCUCGGCGACCCUUUGGCCUCCAACGCAGACAAAACUGAAUUCGCUCUGGGGCUUUUGAGCCGCUUCAGCGCCGACUGCGAUUUGUUUCCUUUCUUGCGGCUGCUACUGCCGCACCGAUUUCGCUGCUGCAGCAGUACAAAGACCCAGCAGCAGCAGCAGCAAUCCGGCGACGUGAACCGGGGGCUGGACGCGUUGCACAGCUGCGGGUCUGCUGCUGAGCGAAACCACCAUUUGGGGUUUCUCGCGAGACAACUGGGGGCUGAAGAAAAUGGAGUUUUAAUUCAAAUAAUAAACAAAACCCUAAAACUCAAAGGAGGCGGAGAGCUGCUGCUGCUGCUGCUCGACCCAGACGCCCACGCCCUCCUCAACAGGCUCUCCGACCUCAAGGCGGUGCUGGAUGAGAUAGCAGCAAAAAAGAAAAGAGAGACUGGCUCAGUGAUCCGACUCUCCCAGGACCCACACAGCAGCAGCAGCAGCAGCAACAGCGAGAGCAGCAGCAGCAGCAGCAGCAGCAAGGAAGAUGCGCUGCUGUUUAAGCCCCUGCGGCCGAUGCUGGCCGCUGUGACUCAGCUGGAAGAUCUGGAGGGACUAUUCAAGCGACGCGAAGCCGGGGGCACCGACUACACCCAAAGAUACGGAUACACCUCAAGACACCACCGCCAGCAGCAGCAGCAGCAACAGCAGCAGCAACAGCAGCAGCAGCAGCAGCAGCAGCAGCAGCCUCCUGAGGACCUGUGCGUGCUGCUGCUGCAGCAGUUCAGAGGCCACAGCUGCAUUUUAGAUGGAGAGAUUUUUGCUGCUGACAGCAGCAGCAAAAAGCCCUUGCCCUUCAAAAGCAUCAAGCGAGUUGCUGCAGCUGAGACUGCGCAGCAGUUUCUGGUGUAUGUGGUCUUCGACAUUUUGUCUUACAGCAGCAGCGACGGCGUUGAGGUGUACAGACAGCCCCUUCUGAACAUGCGCUUGGAAGACCGCAAGCGUCUGCUGCGCGAAGUGCUUCUACCCAACCCGCCUCGACUGCAAAUAUGCGAGUUCAUGGUUGCUGAAAACUCUACACAGAUUAGAAAAAUGCUGCAGCAAGAGUGCAGCAAAGGCAGCGAAGGACUUGUCCUCAAAGAGCCGCUCUCCUUCUAUAGACUCGACUCGCGGGUGGACGUAACGUGGCCCGUGCAUGUGAGUUGGGUGGUCUCUUUAAUUGCUGCUGAAUUUAUUGUCUCCAACGAAUUUGAUAUUCCCUUUACCUUCCGCUUCCCGCGGCUGCUGGAGGCCCCGCGCAGAGACAAGACUCCGCGGGAGGCCACCACGCUGCAGCAGCUGCUGCAGCUGCAGCAGCAGCAGCAGCAGAAGCAGCAGCAGCAGCAGCUACCGGGCUUGUCUGCUGGAACCGACUCGCUGUCCCCACGGGGCGCCGAUUCCCCUGAGGACCUCUUGGAGGAGCCGCAGGAGCAGCAGCGGCAGCAGCAGCAGCGGCAGCAGCAGCAGCAGCAGCAGCAGCUCAGAGCUCAGGAUACGAGCAGCUUCAACACUUCGGGAACAGUGGAGACAGCCGCGUCAGCAGCAGCUCUGGCUGCAGCAGAAGCAGCAAGGACUCCAACCAGGAGGGUUCUCCACGCUGCAGGGGGAGCUGCAGGGGGAGCUGCUGCUGCUGCUGCUGCAGCAGCAGGCACGCCACGCAGUGAAUCGAGCACCGGUCUGAACAAGGGAGCAGCAGCAGCAACACCAGCAGCAGCAACACCAGCAGAAGCAACACCAGCAGCAACAACACCAGCAGCAGCAGCAACAGCAGCAGGAUCUGAAGGGAAAGAUGAUAUAAAGGAGACACUAGAGCUGCUGCUCGCUGCUGCUGCGGAAAUUGAUGAAAGCGCAGCAACGUUGUUCAGCCUCUACAACACUAACUACUACUUUGAAGAUAAGCAAGCAGCAGCAGCAGCAGCAACAGCAGCAGCAGCAGCACCGGCACCAGCAGGAGCAGGAGCAGCUGGAGCAGCGGCAGCAGCAGCAGCAGCAGCAGCAGCAGAAGACACUGAAUUGAUGUCCGAUACAUCCUGCCAGGCGCUUGGAGAAUGGCCUGCUCCUGCAGCUGCUGCUGCCGCUGCUGCUGCAGCAGCUGCAGCACCAGUGCUGCAGCGACGUGCCACAAAAGCUCUCUAUACUUUUCUGGGAGGCUGUCCUGCUCUCUCCCCUGCUGCUGCAACGCACAUAGUAACUUCGGGGGCCCCCGUGUCUGGCCCUGCUGUUGGGGUGACCCCGGGGGCCCCCAAGAAGGGGCCCCUCGGUGGCCCCAACAGCAGCAAGCAGCAGCAGCAGAGCACAGCCGAGACUGCUGCUGCACCUGUUCUCUCUUGGGAAGCUGUGGAAGAGAAGGUCCACGCAGUUCAAGCAGCAGCAGCAACAGCUGCUGCUGCUGUUACUGCAGCUGCUGCUGCAUUCACCACGCAUACUAGCAGCUCCGCUGCUGCAGUCUCAGCUGCAGCAGCUGCCGCUCCUGCUGCUGCGCUCGAAACUCUUCCUUAG